CAGGCCUGGAGCGCACACUUCUGAGAGGCAGGCUCUGAGGACCUCCGAGACGCUGAGACUCCAGUCCCGCACAAAGGUUCAUGGCACCCCCUGCACGCGGGGUCAAUCUCUGGAGGGCCAGCAGAUUCCUUCUGUACGUGUAGGGCCCCCGCCACGACCCUGCUGCCAUGGCGCACAGUUUCACAGUGGGUUUCGACCCGCUGGGCCUAGGAGACCUUAGCUCCGGCUCGCUGAGCUCCCUCUCCUCCCGGGGCCACCUGGGCAGCGACUCAGGCUCGGCAACGCGAUACCUGCUGAGAAAGCAGCAGAGACUGCUGAAUGGGCCCCCCCGCGGAAUCCGAGCCUCCUCGCCCAUGGGCCGCGUCAUCCUCAUCAAUUCCCCCAUUGAAGCCAACAGUGAUGAGAGCGACAUCAUUCACGCAGUCCGGGUGGAGAAGAGUCCAGCAGGGAGGUUGGGCUUCAGCGUGCGGGGUGGUUCUGAGCAUGGCCUGGGCAUCUUCGUCAGCAAAGUGGAAGAGGGGAGCAGUGCUGAGCGGGCUGGCCUGUGUGUGGGGGACAAGAUCACGGAGGUGAAUGGGCUGAGCCUGGAGAGCACAACCAUGGGCUGUGCUGUGAAGGUGCUGACAGGCAGCAGCCGCCUGCACAUGAUGGUGCGGCGCAUGGGCCGAGUGCCGGGCAUCAAAUUCUCCAAGGAAAAGACCACAUGGGUGGAUGUGGUGAACCGCCGAUUGGUAGUAGAGAAGUGCAGCUCCACACCGUCCCCCAGCAGCUCAGAGGAUGGCGUGAGGAGGCGUAUUGUUCACCUAUACACAACCUCUGACGACUUCUGCCUGGGCUUCAACAUCCGUGGGGGCAAGGAGUUUGGUCUGGGCAUCUAUGUGUCCAAAGUGGACCAUGGUGGGCUGGCUGAGGAGAAUGGCAUCAAGGUAGGAGACCAGGUCCUGGCCGCCAACGGUGUCAGGUUCGAUGACAUCAGCCACAGCCAGGCGGUGGAGGUGCUGAAGGGCCAAACGCACAUCAUGUUGACUAUCAAGGAGACUGGCCGAUAUCCUGCCUACAAGGAGAUGGUUUCUGAAUACUGUUGGUUGGACCGAUUGAGCAAUGGGAUGUUGCAACAGCUGUCCCAGGCCUCCGAGAGCAGCUCCAGCGUCUCCUCCUACGCCUCCAGCGCCCCCUACAGCUCGGCUGAAGGUUCGGGCUCUCUGCCCUCCGACCGCAUGGACGUCUGUCUUGCGGCAGAGGAGCCCGUCAGCCGUGGGCCAGGCUGGGGACGAGCAGACACAGCCAUGCAGACGGACCCCGAUGUGGGGGGCCUAAUGGAAACCUGGUGCAGCGUAAGGCCCACGGUCAUUCUCAGGGAUACGGCCAUCCGCUCCGACGGUUCCCCCUCUGCCCGCCGCCUUGACUCUGCGCUCUCUGAAUCCCCCAAGACUGCUCUCCUGCUGGCCCUCAGCCGACCCCGCCCCCCCAUCACACGCUCCCAGAGCCACUUGACCUUAUGGGAGGAGAAGCAGCGGAAGAAGGAGAAAUCGGGGUCCUCUGGGGAGAAGGGUGCCCUGCAGCGCUCCAAGACGCUGAUGAACCUCUUCUUCAAGGGAGGCCGACAGGGGCAACCAGCAGGGAAUGGGCGCAGAGAAGCCUGGACUCUAGACAGUGGGAGCUCAGCCAAGUCCCGCCCUCGCCUGGACAUGGAAAAAGCAGGGGGAGUGGGGCCUGUUCAGAAAUUUGUCACCUGGAGACUAAGACGUGAACGGGAGAGGGGCCGGGCCCUGCUCUAUACCAGGUCUGGGAGCCCCUCCAACCAGCUGCCCAACAUGGAUGAGCAGGUGCAGGCCUGGGAGGGCCGACGGCCCCUGAUUCAGGACCUGGCCCGGCGACUGCUGACAGAUGACGAGGUGUUGGCAGUCACUCGUCACUGCUCUCGGUACGUGCAUGAGGGUGGUGUGGAGGAGCUGGUGAGGCCCCUGCUGGCCAUUCUAGACAGACCAGAGAAGCUGCUGCUGCUAAGGGACAUCAGGAGUGUGGUGGCCCCCACAGACCUGGGCCGCUUUGACAGCAUGGUGAUGCCUGUGGAGCUGGAGGCUUUUGAGGCCCUCAAGAGCAGGACAGUGCGGCCUUCCGCUUUACGGCAAGCCCGGCAGGACUCACCACCGAAGCGUCACCUCAUCACCCCUGUGCCUGACAGUCGAGGAGGCUUCUACUUGCUGCCUGUGAAUGGUUUCUCAGAGGAGGAAGAUGAUAGGGAGCUCAGGGAGCGGCUGGGAGGCCUCAAGGUCUCCCGGAGUGCCUCUGUGUCCCACCAUUCCCACAAAGGGAUCCCCCCUCUCCAAGAUGUGCCAGUAGAUGCCUUUGCCCCCCGCCAAAGUGCCUGCACACCCCAUCCCCAGCCACCUCCCAUUGCUCCUCGGCCCCCAAGGCCUAACUGGCUGCUGACAGAGCCCCAGACCCAUGAGGACCCUCAGCACUUCCUGAACCAGGGAUCAACCCAGAGUCACAGUCGAAGCCACAGCCGAGGCCGAGGCAAGUCCCCUGGACGGAGGCGUUCCCCGUCCCCUGUCCCCAGCCCCAGCACAGCCAAUGGACGCUACCACAAGCCACGGAAGGCCAGGCCUCCUUUGCCACGACCUCUGGAUGGGCAGGCAACCAAGGCAGGGGACAAUCAAGGGUCAUCCGAGAAUGAGACUGGCAAAAUCCCAGCCAAGGUGGCAGCCCCAAAGACCCCCAAUGGGGAGCUGAGGACAGUCACGCUAUCCAAGAUGAAGCAGUCCUUGGGCAUCAGCAUUUCUGGGGGCAUUGAAUCCAAGGUGCAGCCCAUGGUGAAGAUAGAGAAGAUCUUCCCUGGAGGUGCUGCCUUCCUCAGUGGGACGCUUCAGGCUGGCUUUGAACUUGUGGCAGUGGAUGGAGAAAGCCUGGAACAGGUGACCCACCAGCGAGCAGUAGACAUCAUCCGCCGGGCUUAUCGAAACAAGGCUCGGGAGCCCAUGGAGUUUGUGGUCAGGGUUCCUGGGCCCAGUCCACUACCCUUACCCUCUGACUCAUCAGCCAUCACAGACCAGCACCUUCCUCCUGUCCCAUCCCCUGCCCACUGA